AUGGCUGGAUCGCCCAAGGCGGGGUUCCCCGCGCGCAGGCCCGGCAGGCUGUUCGGCAAGAAGCAGAUGGUGAUGUUCGGAUGCAUCGUGCUGGUGCUCUUCGUGGCGCCGUCGCUGUUCGGCAUCGGCGACACCACCGACUCGCACGGGUUAGAUCCCGACGACCGGGGGCUCGUGCGCACGGACUUCGACGGCGACCGCAAACAUCGGCGUCGGUCGUCGCGGCGCGCGGACGCCUUCGACGACGACGCCGGGUAUCGGAUGCGCGACGCCGACGACCUUCACGCCGGCCACCACGGACUCGGAUCCUCCACCUGGUCCUCGUCCUGGUCCUCGUCGUCCUCGUCCUCCUCCUCGUCCCGCGACCGACACGAGCGCGAGCGCGACGAACGACACAAGAGGCGCGCGCGCGAGCGCAGGAGGCACGCCGGGCACGGCGGACUCGAGCACGACAUCGCCAAGCGCGCGUCGGAGCUCGCCAUCCCGCGCGUCGAGGAGUACGUCAACCGCAAGCUCGUGGAUCCCGCCGUGCGCGCCAUCGAACGCGGUGACAGCGUCGACCCGAACGACCCGUCCAAGGGGCACAAACACGGAGGAGUCGGAGGUUUCUUCGACGCAAUCGCGCACCCGUUCGGCAUCGGCGCCUCAUCAGACUCCGACGCCGCCGCCGACGCGACAGAUCCCAACGCGUACGUCCCCGCCGCGGACUUUGGCCUGCCGCACCACGGCAAGCGACACCACCACCAGAAGAUACCCGCGUGGGGAGAGCCGCCGGCGCCCGACGGCGAGGACGAUUUUAACGACGUUCGAAAAGAUUCAAUCGCCGAUCGAACGCGGGGCGCGUUCGACGACGACGACGAUACCGACGACGACGACGCGCGCUCGCUUCGGCGCGAGGAACGGAUCGGGUUUCACGAUUUCGUGCCGAACGACGACGACGAUGCCUCGUCCGGGUCCGGGUCCAAAUCCGGUUCGUGGUUCGGGUCCCUCUUCGGCUCAUCGGCGAAGAAGGCGGAGAGGAGCGGCGCUACUGUUGGGCGCCGGGAACGGGCGGGGUUGAAAUCGACGCGCGGCGGUCGCGGCGGCGACGACGAGGACGCGGAGGACGAGUACGGCGGCGGCGGAAGGUUCGACGACCCGGCGCCGAGGAAGCGGUCCUCGUUGCGCGGGUCGUGA